AUGGGAACGCCCUUCAUCUCGCUCGUCGAGCCUAGCAAGCUCGAGGGCUACCAGCCGGGCGCCCCGCGCCAGGAUCAACCCGCCGGCAUCGCAUCCACCUUCCUCGACGCCAUGGAGGUCCGCGAGGACGUCUUCGUCCACGAACAGGGCGUCCCCGCUGCCAACGAGUUCGACGCCGACGACUCGCGCUGCUGCCACUGGGUCGCCUACGCCAGCGUCCAUACCACCCAGGAGCCCGAGGUCCGCGACGACGACGGCGCCGUCGUCCAGCCGCGCAAGAGCUCGACGCGCAGCACCCCCAUCGGCACCGUCCGCCUCGUGCCCUUCCCACACGGGCCUCAUCCCGUCAUCGGCGGCCGGUACUGGAACAACGUCCUCGAGGGCGAGCCCGAGCCCGACCAGACUGCCGCGGAUGUGGCACCUACUUUCGCGGUGGACCGGCCAACCACACACCACGAUGGUCGAGAGUCGUACGUCAAGCUCGGCCGGCUCGCUGUCCAAAAAGGGUUUCGCGGUAACAAGAUUGCCGGCCUGUUGGUCAACACGGUCCUGCAGUGGCUCAAGGAGAACCCCUCGUUCUUUGACCCCAGCAUCACCGAGCUUGGCCUCGAGCAGAUGGGUGCCCGACGAGAAACUGACAUUCCAUCAUGGGGCGGUUUGGUAUGUGUCCAUGCGCAAAAGCAAGUUCAGCCCUUUUGGGAGCGUUGCGGAUUUAAGAUUGAUGAAGGCAUGGGGUCCUGGUGGGAAGAGGGCAUACUUCACGUUGGCAUGUUCCAGCGCUUAUCUAUUGGCGAGAAGAAGAUGCGAAUCUACUGA